GCCGCCCCUCGCCCCGCGGGCCCGGCGCCGACAGGCCACUUGGGUCGCCCGCGCGCCUCGGGAGCAGCGGAGGAGCCCCCCGGCCUGGGCGCGCCAAGGUGACCCCCGCGAUGCCUCCGUCCCCGCGGGCAGCCUGUCCUGGCGCCCCAGGACGGGGGUUAAAAUGAAUGAAGACCCGAAGGUCAAUGUAAGCGGGCUGCCUCGGGAUUAUUUAGAUGCCGGAGCUGCGGGGAACGUCUCGGCUGCCGUCUCUUCCCAGGUUCCUGGCGUGGAGCCGGAGCCAGAGCUGGUUGUCAACCCGUGGGACAUUGUCUUGUGUACCUCGGGAACCCUCAUCUCCUGUGAAAAUGCCAUCGUGAUCCUUAUCAUCUUCCAUAACCCCAGCCUGCGGGCCCCCAUGUUCCUGCUGAUAGGCAGCCUGGCGCUUGCAGACCUGCUGGCCGGCAUUGGACUCAUCAUCAAUUUCGUCUUCGCCUACCUGCUGCAGUCAGAAGCCACCAAGCUGGUCACCAUUGGACUGAUUGUCGCCUCUUUCUCUGCCUCUGUCUGCAGCUUGCUGGCUAUCACUGUUGACCGCUACCUCUCCCUGUAUUACGCUCUGACCUACCACUCGGAGAGGACGGUCACGUUUACCUAUGUCAUGCUUAUCAUGCUCUGGGGGACGUCUAUCUGCCUGGGGCUGCUGCCCGUCCUGGGCUGGAACUGCCUCCAAGACGAGUCCACCUGCAGCGUGGUCAGACCCCUCACCAAGAACAACGCCGCCAUCCUCUCCAUCUCCUUCCUCUUCAUGUUUGCGCUCAUGCUUCAGCUCUACAUCCAGAUCUGUAAGAUCGUGAUGAGGCACGCCCACCAGAUAGCCCUGCAGCACCACUUCCUGGCCACCUCGCACUACGUGACCACCCGGAAGGGGGUCUCCACCCUGGCCAUCAUCCUGGGGACCUUUGCUGCUUGCUGGAUGCCUUUCACCCUCUAUUCCUUGAUAGCUGAUUACACCUACCCCUCCAUCUACACCUAUGCCACCCUCCUGCCCGCCACCUACAACUCCAUCAUCAAUCCUGUCAUAUACGCUUUCAGAAACCAAGAGAUCCAGAAAGCCCUCUGCCUCAUCUGUUGCGGCAGCAUCCCGUCCAGCCUCUCGCAGAGAGCGCCGUCCCCCAGCGACGUGUAGCGUCACUCCACUAGGAGCCUGCAUUACCAAGCACUCCCACUGCCUGGCCGAGCGGAUGAGAUGCUCUCCUUAAAUUCUUUCUGUUGGAUUCUCUCUUGAGCCACAGGAGCACUUUGAAGCGUUUAUUUAGAUAAGUUAAGCGAUUGAAGUGAAAAUAAUGUUACCAGUGUUUUCACCCUUUAAAAACAAUUGAGUUCUUUGCUCAAUACAAUUUCGUUUUGUUUGGGGUGGUUUUUUUUUUUUUUAAGUAUUUUAUUUGGAGGCAGGGUUUUUGUUUUAUA